GGCGACAGGGAUUUGUGAGUAUAGAAUUCCGGUAGUAAAGUGACACUCUUACAAACUCUGGCGGUCCAGCGUGGCGGUGGGUUGUCCAGAGUGGCACUUCUAGUGGCACAGAGGCUCCACCAUAUCCAUGCAAACGUUGGCUAGCCCCCAAAAUCUGAGCUCCUAUUGGCCUCUCCAUCUCCUUAUCUUUUCCUGUGAACUCCGCCAAGUUAGUAGCAGUAGCAGCAAGGUUGCGGGCUUACCAUUCUCAAGGUUUGGAGCUCAGGAGCUCCCCCUUUCUCCUCAAGAGAUGUCGACCAGUAUCUCCUCCAGCCAGUGUCAUUCAAUGCUGGAUCCCAGGCAGAGGUACGCAGUCGACUUCUAUGGUGGCUCCUCCAGAUUUGCUCGCAGUAGCCACAGCAGCCGGGUGUGUAGCUAUAACCGGCCUUGUUAUUCCUCCAUAGCUUCAUCCUCCACCCGGCUUGCAGCCGCUUCGUCGUUGCGAGCAACAGCGGUCGACCAGGAAGAGCUCUCGCUGGAUUCGUCGGGUGUCUCGUACCAAGUGCUGAAACAAAGAUUGGAAGCCGGUGAGUGGGAAGCAGCAGACGAGGAAACUCGACGACUUCUCUACGUUUUAGCCGGUGAAGCUGCCGCCAAGCGGAAGUGGGUCUACUUUUCCGAAGCAAAGUUCAUCCCGGCCAGGGACCUUCAAACGCUCGACAGUCUCUGGAGGCAGUACAGCGGCAACAAGUUUGGAUACAGCGUCCAGCGGCGGAUCUGGAAGAGCGUCGCGUCGAACUGGAGCUUGUUCUUCCGGAAAGUCGGGUGGACGAGGCCACUGGACGAGAAGAACGACGCUUACAGGAAGUUCCCUGUCGAGUUCAUGUGGGACGUUGCAAAGCCGACUCCGGAUGGUCACUUGCCCCUGACGAACUGCUUGCGGGGAACGCAGCUACUUCAGGCGAUUCUCUUGCAUCCUGCAUUUGAUGAAAUCGAGAAGCAGGAAGGAAUGACCAGCAAUCUCACCGGUUCUUCUUCCACUCUCUUGUGACCAUUAUCCUCUUCCGGCGAGCGUAUGGCUGUCACGUAAUCGCCAUUGAUUAUUUAUGCUGAUAGAGUUUUACUUCCAUCUUUGCACCGAAGCGAGCGAGCAAAAGACGAAUAAAGACGUGACAUAAACUUA